AAAAUGGGAAAAGAGGGAAACGCUAUCCGCUAACCCCUCGCGCCGUCGCGCUUCCUGUGCCUCGAGGACCGACCAUGGCGGCGGCGAGGCGCGCCGCUGGCCUCCUCCCUCUCCUCCUCUCCUCGCCGUCGCGAGCUCGCCUACCGCACCGCCAAGCGCUUGCCCUGACCCCUCCUCUGCUUCGCCCCCACCGCCUCUACUCCCACUCCCCCAAGCCCUCGUCGUCCGCCGCGUUUUCCGCCUUCGCCUCCGCCUCGAAUGGCGCGCCUGCGGGGAGAGCCCGGGAGCUGCACCUCUACAACACCAAGUCGCGGAGGAAGGAGCUCUUCCAGCCCCGGGUGCCCGGCGGGGAGGUCGGCAUGUACGUCUGCGGCGUCACCCCCUACGACGACAGCCACAUCGGCCACGCCCGCGCCUACGUCGCCUUCGACGUCCUCUACAGGUACUUGCGUUAUUUGGACCAUAAAGUGCGCUAUGUUCGGAAUUUUACUGACAUUGAUGACAAGGAUACCUGAGUUGCACUUCUGGAAUUCUGUAGAUAAUUGCAAGAGCAAAUCAAUUGGGAGAAGAUCCUUUUAGCUUAAGCAAAAGGUACUCUGAUGACUUCCUAUCAGACAUGGCUAAUCUUCAUUGUUUACCACCAUCUGUGGAGCCUCGCGUUUCAGACCACAUUGAUCAGAUUAUAAACAUGAUUAAACAGAUCAUUGAUAAUGAUUGUGCAUAUGCAAUUGGCGGGGAUGUUUAUUUCUCUGUUGAAAAUUUCCCUGAAUAUGGGGAUUUAUCUGGUCGAAAAUUAGAUGAUAAUAGAGCUGGUGAAAGGGUUGCUGUUGAUGAGAGGAAGAAGAACCCAGCUGAUUUUGCUCUUUGGAAGGCUGCAAAAGAUGGGGAGCCAUCUUGGGAUAGCCCUUGGGGCCCUGGAAGGCCAGGAUGGCACAUAGAAUGCAGUGCUAUGAGUGCACAUUACUUGGGCCACUCUUUCGACAUACAUGGCGGUGGGGAGGACCUGAUCUUUCCACACCAUGAAAAUGAAAUUGCUCAGAGCCGUGCAGCAUGUUGUGACAGCAGCAUAAAUUACUGGAUACACAAUGGCUUUGUCAAUGUAAACAGCCAGAAAAUGUCAAAAUCGCUGGGCAACUUUGUCACUAUACGCAAAGUUACGGAACUGUACCACCCACUUGCUUUGAGGAUGUUUUUACUUGGUACACACUACAGGUCCCCAAUCAACUAUACCAUAGAACAGCUUAAUGUUGCAUCAGACAGACUGUACUACACUUACCAGACACUACAAGAUUGUGAAGAAAGUUGUCAACAGCACCAAAGCAAGGCUGGAGAUCCAUUACCUGUUAAUACUACAAAUUGUAUCCAGAAGCUCCAUGAUGAAUUUGAGACUUCAAUGUCUGAUGAUCUUCACACUUCAGUAGCACUGGCUGCUAUUUCUGAGCCAUUAAAAGUUAUGAAUGACUUGCUGCAUACUCGUAAGGGAAAGAAGCAGGAAAAACGGCUGGAAUCACUUUCUGCUAUGGAAGAGAAAAUAAGGAUGGUGCUUUCUGUCCUAGGGCUACUACCAUCAAGCUAUUAUGAGGCUCUGCAGCAGCUGCGGGAAAAAGCACUAAGAAGAGCUUCCAUGACAGAGGAGCAGGUGCUUCAGAAAAUUGAAGAAAGGACUUCAGCAAGAAAGGCAAAACAGUAUGAAAAAUCCGAUGAAAUCAGAAAAGAAUUGGCUGCUGUUGGAAUUGCCCUCAUGGACGGUCCUGACGGAACAACUUGGAGGCCAUCUGUACCUCUUUCUGAGCAAGGGGUGGUUGCCAGUACAUGAUCUGCGCAACAAAAGCUCCGGAGUGACCAUUUCAAAUACCCAUCACCACAUGAUCCAUUCAUGAGGAACUGCGAUGUUUUCCAGGUUUUGAGAGAAAAUCAAGAGAACAUCUGACGAAUCAGAUGGCCUGCAUGAUUCGGUAGAGUGGAUAUGAGUUUCUGUCUGACAGAAGAUAGCCAAGUUUUACAGUUUUAUUACAUCAUACAUAUUUUGUUCUCGAGUCAGCUGAUAUGGUGCAACAUUUUGCCUAUUUUUUUACCUGCAGAGUUUACUGCGCGAUACUUUUUAGAAACAUCAGUACAAAAUAUUGUGUGCUGAUUCAUUUUUUGAAUGAUAAUACGGUUUGGCAUUUCAAAUGGAAGUAAAGCAAAUGUAUAAGCUAUUCGGAGCAAAA